GCUCUCCCUCAUCGGAUUGGGCCAAUGUUAAGUGUCUUUUUGAAGUCAGUUAAGAACAACAAUCACUUUGAUAUGUCAAAGUUUUACAAUGAAUUUUGACCAUUGCCCAUAGACAUGACCAAAUGUAAAUGCAGAGCCUAGCUGUAAUGGCCAGAGAGGGUGAUGUACAUAAAGAGGAUAUUACCCUUUCCUAUACAACUCUACCGGCAAAUAAACUUCCCCUUCUCAACUUUAAUAGAAUAUUAUCAGACAAGCCGUGUGCAGCUCGACAAAUAAAAGACCGGUCUAUCAUAUGUGUAUGUAAUACGACAUACUGCGAUGAAUUCACCAGAGAAAAGCCAGUUAAAGGCGGCUACGUAACGUACACAUCUUCAGAGGCAGGCUCGCGGUUUAAAAAAGGAUCUGGAGUAUUUCAUGACUCUGAUUGGAAUCCGAAAUGCUGUUCUGCAUCUCUGGUAGUGAACCCUAAGGCGAAGUACCAAAUGGUCGAGGGUUUUGGUGGCGCGGUCACCGACGCAGCAAGCAUCAACUGGAAGAGUUUGCCCGAAGAAAUGCAACAAUCUCUUAUAGAUUCAUACUACAGCAGUAAAGGUCUGGAAUACAAUAUGAUCCGAGUUCCCAUUGGCGGCUGUGAUUUCUCCACACAUGCGUACGCUUAUAAUGAACAACCAGAAAAUGACGUCGAUCUAUUGAACUUUAACCUAACUUCUGAGGACUUUGAUUUUAAGAUUCCAAUGAUAAGAGCGAUUAACCGUGUGGCGACAGCGCCAGUACAUAUAGUAGCGACCACCUGGUCUCCACCAAUCUGGAUGAAGACAAACCACAAUAUCUCCGGCUACGGAAGACUGAAGAAGGAAUAUUUCCAGACUUAUGCUUGGUAUCAUUACAAAUUCAUCGAGCAAUACGCAGCUCAGGGUAUAAGUAUUUGGGCGAUAACAACUACAAACGAACCGAUUGAUGGUUUCUUUGGUUUGGCCAGGUUCAAUACGCUCGGCUGGUCGAUUGACAACAUGGCAGAAUGGAUAGUCAAAAAUUUGGGGCCUACGAUACGAAAUUCCAAAUUCAAAGAUGUGAAAAUACUAACAUGUGAUGAUCAACGCUUCACCAUACCUUUUUGGUUUAAUGUUAUGCUCCGUACAAAUCCUAAAGCUUUGGAGUACAUAGAUGGUGUUGGUGUACACUUUUAUGCAGAUAAAGUGGUGCCGGCGUCAAUAUUAAAUGUUGUAUCAAAUAGUCAUCCCGAUAAAUUUAUACUUGCGACCGAAGCUUGUGAAGGAAGCUUUCCUUGGCAAACUGAGAAAGUGGACCUAGGGUCUUGGAAAAGAGCUGUUACUUACAUAUCGGACAUCUUAGAAGAUUUAAAUCACAAUGUAGUGGGCUGGAUUGACUGGAACUUGUGCUUGAACACGCGUGGGGGACCUAAUUGGUCAGAGAACUACGUCGACUCUCCUAUUAUAGUAGACGCAGUCAAAAACGAGUUUUAUAAACAGCCAAUGUUCUACGCUAUGGGCCAUUUUUCGAAAUUUAUCAAACGUGGCUCCAGAAGAAUCGAAGUGAACGAAAUAAAGCCCUUAUUUUCUUGGUCAGUUAAACAUGUCGGUUUUCUUACACCUGAUGGCACUGUAGUUUUAGUGCUAUUUAACGAGGGCGACAAAAGAAUAGUCAGCGUGAGAUGUGGAAAGAAGAAAGCUGUUUUAGAAUUGGAAGCGAAAUCUGUUACAACGAUGGAGUUCUAUUGCGUUUUAUAAAACAAUAUUGUUGUUUUUAAAAUCUCUAACGGACGUACUCAGAGACGCUUAAGGUUUACUAAGCUUACUAUAGAUUGAUGGGAAAUAUACACUGAGUUACUGUUUGAGUAACAAUUAAACGUACUUUAAGUUAAGUAAUUUAUUAAGUUUAAUUAUAAAAUAUGUUUUUUUUAUUUUUUAGUCAUAAAUCAAACAGUUUAUGCCCAAAUUGAAAUAAAACAAAUAA